GCUCGAAGAGCUUGGGGGAAUAGCAGGAGGGAUGAAGUUCGUGUGGCGAGGGAUUCUGUUCAAGCUCGCGGAUGGGUCGAAGGGGCCCUACCUCGGAAACGACGAAGCUGCCGCAAAAGGAGCCGGGCACGACUUGAGAGGCGCGACACAUUACCUGGCCACGCGCAUUCGCGGGCUGCGGUACGCGCUCCAGUGCCUCAUCGACUACAAGGGCUUCCGAAUGACGGCACAGGCCGUGCUUCCGGUGAACAAGGAAUCCCUUCGCUACGGGUCCGAUGACGGAGGCAAGACUGUCCACAACGACGAUGAAAGCCUGGCAAAGAAGCUCAAGGCCGCGGCAAAGAAGCUCAACCUGUGCACGCACAGGGUCAAUGAUAAGGAUAUGUACUCGGCGUGCGACAUCGAGGGACACGUCGGUGAAGACGGUAGCCACUACCUGCUCGACUUCGCCCGGACCUUCCCACCAGAGAGCCCGAAAAAGAAAGGAGACAAGACUGACGCAGGAAACUACAGGGGGAUCACACUGUUGAACACAGUAGGAAAAGUGUUGUGUAAGAUGCUGAACGAUAGGAUAGUGCGAGUGGACAUGAAAAGGGCAUACGAUACCGUAUGGAGAAAUGGGCUGUGGAAACAACUGUUCAACGCGGUGAUGCUAGACGGAGAACUGUCUCAAUUAUUCGACAUUGAGCAGGGGGUCCCACAAGGUUGCACGCUGUCCCCAACAUUGUUCCAGGUGUUCAUCAACGAUCUGUUGGAAGUCGUAGAGGCAGUCCGGAAGGGAGUAAAAGUAGGGGACACGGAAACGUCGGUUUCAGGAAUGCUGUUUGCGGAUGAUUUUGUCGGUAUGUCGGACACCCCUGAGGGACUGCAACUGCAAAUUGACGCGGCGAAGAAGUUUACUGAUAAGUGGAGAUUGUCUGCCAACGUUCAGCAGAUUGCCGUCAUGGUAUGCAUCGAGAACAAGGAGGAACCAGUAGAACAUAGAUGGAAGUGGGGGAUCGAGGAGAUUGCAGUAGUGGACCAGGAAUGGGUCAAGGUUGCAGAGGACGUAUGGAAGGGGCUCGACAUGGACGAAGAUGAAACGCUGGAAACGGAGGGUCUACAGGGGUUCAAGGAGAAGAUAUCUGUUGCUUGUGCCGAGAGAGAAGAACAGAAUCUGAGGAAAGAAUCCAAGGAUAAGGAGGGUCUAGAAGUGUACGGAAUGUUGAAGGAAGGAAUAGGGUUCAAGGACUACCUACAUGGACCAAUGGAUGCAGGAACAAAGCUUAAGAAUCUAAGGAAAGAAACCAAGGAUGAGGAGGGUCUAGAAGUAUACGGAAUGUUGAAGGAAGGAACAGGGUUCAAGGAUUACCUACAUGGACCAAUGGACGCAGGAACAAAGCUUAAGGGUGCGCGGGUGGAAGCGGCACCAGCACCGGCGGCCGCCGCAGCAGAAACAAAGCAAGAGCUGGACGCCGCUCCCAUUGCCGCGCCGACCCUGCCGAUCGGCGUCCCCUCCACGAUCUCCGAAGGGCUCGACGAAACCAGCGGGGCCUCAAGCGUGGAAAAAUGGGGCUCUCCGACGGGACCGGCGCUGCCGAUGAGGGCGGCCUUCAACCCGGUUGAACCCGGAGACCAGGCGCCGCCUCGGUUCAACCCUCAGCCCGGGCGCUAUGAGCAGGGGUUCUUGGACGAUUCUCAAAGGAGCGGGGACGUGCGCGGGGACGUCGACCAACACGCCGCCCCGACCGGCGGGGGCGCGGCCGCCGACAGCGCCGGCUCACCAAGUGGAAGCCCUGCCCGCACCGCUGCUGCCGCAGCGUCCCCAAGUGUCACAGUCCGCCCCACAGUACCGCAGACUCCUCCGGCCCGUGGGACCCCUGGCUUGACGACGCCAGGAGGAAACGGAAGGAGGAGGGGGAGGGGGGUUGCCGCCCAUCCCGCGAGGGGCAUACCCGGGAGAGAGGGAGACCGGGACCAGGGUACGGGCGGUUACGACGCCAACGUGGAAGCCUCAGAGUCCGGCGGGCAGUACGAAGCGUUCAUUGACUUCGACGAAAUCAGUCAGUGAGUGUGUGUGUACGGACAAGACCCGCCCGCACUUACAUAGAACUUGGCAGUCAAGUUAAGGACUUCAUGCUCGGCGUUGUCUGGAACGUUGAUAAAUAGCACCAUCUGCGAGCCCGGUUAAUAAUCCCUCGCACUAUAGGCCAUGUAGCGACCAUUCGUAGCCCACAAGAGGAUCUAAGAACCGCGGUCCCGGCUAGACCUAUUGUAGAGGUUGCAAGUGCGGGCGUUUUCGGGUGGGGGGGUCCACACCACGGCCUGCUGCGCGAUGAGAUCUCACUCUCGCGAACACCGUUUUUUUUUUUUUUUGUGACCGACAGGUCCGAGAGGGGGUUGCCCACUGGCUCGCUCCGUGCGGGCAGCUCGAACAACUGGUCCUUCAACAGCAGGCACAGCAGGCGAACCGGCUUGGUCGGUGUCCAGAGCUAUCACUUCUCGUCGUCGUAUAUUGGGAGGGCGAUAUCGGCUCCGGUAAGGGUUUAGCACGAGGAGCGAGAAGUUGCAAGCCCGGCUAGUAGAAAGUCUUGAAGGUGUGCCCAGGCAACCACGUGAGUCUUGCGUCCGUGACAAGUAGAGUUCCGAACGUUUUCGAUGAACUAUCUCGGGGGACGGCAUGUAGUCGUUCCUUGUGUGGGAUUUUCACAAACAGGGCGUGUAUCGUCCCCUGCUAGUUUUCUUGAAGUCGAUACAGCGCUUUUUGAAUAACAAAUGUCGUGUGGGUUGUUGUUGAAGUUGCAGAUGGUCGGGAUUAUGGUGCUCGUGGUUUGUAUGAUGGGUGUUGCUGACAAUGUUAACCUUGGUGUGUAUGUUCAUGGUCAAGGCCGUUCACACGACGCCAUUUUUUUUCUUCCCGCAGCCGUUCUUUUUUUUUCUUUGCUCCCGAUUUUUUUUGUGACAAUGAUUGCCCCAUCACGUAGUGAGAACGCCACCUUGGUCAGCGGAAGGAAAAGGACUAAGCUCCCGUAACGAACGCGUUGCCGAUGUGGCGUCGUUUUCCGCCUACAGGGGCAAGGGCAAACAGGUCC